UGACCAAAAACCACGCCCAUCAACUACCACGCCUCAAAAGGAUUAAAAUGGCUCUAGGCUACUCUGUUCACGCUUUUGGACGCUUGUUUUCUCGCAUGUAUACAAGCGGAGCCUCCAGUGAUUUGGUUGGUUUCAUUGGAUUGGGUAACAUGGGCUUACCAAUGGCACGUAACCUAAUGGCAAAGGGUCACAGGCUAGUGGUGUAUGAUACUGUUAAGACUCAGGUUGAUGCUGCAGUGUCUGAUGGAGCAAUAGCUGCUACUGGACCUAGUGAGGUUGCAAAACAAGCAACAACCAUAUGCACCAUGCUUCCAGCAAGUCAGCAUGUACGUGAUGUAUACACAAGCCCUGGUGGUAUAUUCUCUGCCGUUCAAUCAGGGAGUCUACUCAUUGACUGCAGCACCAUUGACAGGGACUCCGCCAUUGAAAUGAGUGAACUUGCUAAAGAGAACAACACACAAUAUAUAGAUGCACCAGUAUCAGGAGGUGUUGGAGCAGCUACUAAUGGACUCUUGACGUUUAUGUUAGGCGGCCCUGAUGAUUGCUAUGAAAGAGCUAAGCCGCUGUUAGAGAAGAUGGGUAAGAAUGUUUUCCAUUGCGGGGAGAAUGGAGCAGGACAGGCUACAAAGAUAUGCAACAACAUGUUGCUAGCCAUUGAAAUGAUAGGGACCUCUGAAGUAUUGCUCAUGGCACAAAAUCUUGGCCUAGAUCCUAAGCUGUGUUCUAAAGUCAUCAACGCCAGUAGUGGGCGGAGCUGGUCCUGCGACACAUACAACCCUUGCCCUGGAGUCAUGGAAAAUGUACCUUCCUCUCGUAACUACGAGGGAGGUUUUGGAACCGGACUGAUGAGGAAGGAUCUUACUCUAGCUCAAGCAGCUGCUGUUGGUAGCAAGUCUGUUACUCCAUUGGGAGCAAUGGCCCUGCACAUUUAUAACCUUAUGUGUCAGCAUGGAUUCGAGAAGAAGGAUUUCUCUUCCGUUUACAAAUUUUUAGAGCAGGAAAAUUAAAAACAAUGUCUUCUAUUUAAUAGCUAUAGUUUUAUUGCAAACUCUAGGAAUUAUUAUUUUAAUUUUUGCAGCAGAAAAAAAGAAUCUUCAUUUUAGUUUUGCAGUAGAAAAAAGGAA